AUGGCUUCUGAGCAUGCAACUGUCAACAAAGAUGGGGUCAAGACGUUCAUUCCUCUCGAAAACAACCCUGAAGUGAUGUCCCAUCUCGCAUCACUCCUAGGUGUUUCGCCAUCAUUGACCUUUCACGACAUCUACUCCCUUGAUGAUAAUGACUUGCUCGCGCAGAUACCGCGACCUGUCAAUGCACUCCUGUUUGUCUGUCCAGGUACCGUAUAUACUCGUUCUCGAGAAGCGGAAAAUUCCUCAAUGCCUGCAUACACGGGGUGCGGCGAAGAAGAGGCCGUGAUCUGGUUCCGGCAGACAAUCGGACACGCUUGUGGUCUCAUAGCACUGCUACACUCCAUAUGCAAUGGACCUAACAGGAAGUACAUCAUGCCUGGGUCUCUUUUAGAUGGCCUGCUUUGCCAGGCUAUUACACUCCAGCCGGAUGACCGGGCGGCUCUUUUGUAUAAUUCCCCGUCGCUAGCACUGGCUCACGCCGAAGCAGCUAGGAAAGGCGACACCGAGGCUCCAACGAAUUUGAACCAGGACUUCCACCAUUUCAUUGCAUUUGUCAAAGGCUCUGAUAGCCACCUGUGGGAAUUGAAUGGCGGUAUGAAGGGCCCUGUUGAUCGCGGAACCCUGACAGAAAGCGAGGACGUCUUAAGUGAAGGCGCAUUAAGCAUGGGCAUGAGGACUAUUCUCGAUAAAGCAAACGGAGAAUAUGGGUUCUCCAUUGUGGCCAUCGCGGAGGAAACGGUAUGA